AACCGGAAGUGGUAGGCAAACUCGCAGAUAAUCGACACCAGAAACAAGGAAAGUUGGCGCAUUGCAUGUCAGUUGCGUGGUUUGUCAAUGUUUUCUUAGUGACCACGAUGACAAAUGAAGGAAAAGGAAAUCAACAGUUUUAUAUUUGCAGCUGUUUUAGGACAGACAACAUUUUCCUCGAAGACUACAAACUUCAUGUUCGCUUUAUGACGGAAGAGCAGUUCAGACGAGACUAUGAAGCCCUCCUGAAGAGGCUUGGCUGCGUUACCGAGCAACAGUUUGAGGAUGUCCUUCACAAGAUUUCCCAGGAAGUGGACAGGCGAAUGUGUCUUGCUGCAUCAUCUGCUGAGAGAGCUGCUACCAUAAAGGACACAUACCGGCCUCUACAUCCUCAUGUGUACCAUCUGGAGGAGAGGUUCCUUGCGCCAGAGUUCAAGCAUAUAGUUAAAUUUUGUCAGAGUCGAAAUGUCACAUCUCAAAGUCUUUGUGACUUGUUGGAAAAAGAAACAGCUGCCAGGGUCUACCGCUUCCCAGUGUUCACCAAAAGCUUCUGCGACGAUCUGAUGGACGAGCUGGAGCACUUUGAGCGUUCCGCAGCACCUAAAGGUCGACCCAACACCAUGAACAACUAUGGGAUUCUUCUAAACGAACUUUGCUUUGAUGAAGGCUUUGUCACACCUCUUCGUCAGCAGUACCUACACUCACUCACAACUGUGCUCUACCCAGAUUGUGGAGGCCACAGUCUGGAUAGUCACAAAGCCUUUGUUGUCAAAUACGACAUAAACGAAGACCUGGACCUCAGCUACCACUUUGAUAACGCGGAGGUCACGCUCAAUGUCUCCUUGGGCAGGGACUUCACAGAGGGAAACCUUUACUUUGGUGAUAUGAGACAGGUGCCUUUAAAUGAGACAGAGUGUUCAGAGAUUGAACACAGAGCAGGCGAGGGCAUUCUUCACCGGGGCCAACACAUGCACGGCGCCCUGCCUAUCUCCUCGGGUCAGCGUUGGAACCUCAUCAUCUGGAUGAGGUCCUCCCAGGAGCGCAAUAAACUUUGCCCGAUGUGCGAUAGGAGGCCAGUCCUGGUAGAAGGGGAGGGCUUUGCGGAUGGAUUCACCAAACAACCCACUCUGCUGCUUGGUGACUUCUGUCAACUCACCUGACAUAUGCCGAGGGCACCACAUGUCUGACAGGGAGUGUGUCCGUUCCAAUAAUGACAUGAGGCCAUUUCUUUCCGAGGUGCCACUCAUCCACUGGUGAUUCAAGUGGGUAGCAAAGUUGAUGUGCCAUAAAGAUGUCGUGUCGCUGGUAGAAAUUAUGUUUCUUAGUUUAAUUCAAAGGACUUUUAGUCCACUUAUUUAAUAGGAUAUGACAUAUGGCAUGUUGAGAAUGUACGCAGAACGCUAUUAUGUCACCACCUUCAGGAACGUAGUGGGCACAUGGUUGUCUCGUAUUUUGACAAGAUUUUUCCAGGAAACUGAUCUGCAAACUCCAGAAUAAUGAUCCUCAUGUACUCUAGUGUGUUCAGUCAUGUAGCACAAGGUGUGUAGAUACUUGUUACGUGACAAUGGGUUACCAUAUUAGCAUGCUAAAGGCAUGGCUCCAGUAGGCCGUUGUGCAUGUGCUGUAAUCCAAAGAUACUAGAAACAAUCCAUUUUAGAAUACUGUAAUUUUAAUGUAAUAUUUAAAUUGAGAAACAGGUAGGCAUUUUGACACAUUUUUCAAAUGGGCCUGCUCAUGGUUAAGUUGUUCAUUUCUCACAACGAAAACCGAAACCUGUACUCUACAACCUGCUUAAUAAAAACCUCAAGGACAUCAA